AUGGAGCCCAUUUCAGGCAUGUACCAUCGGCUUACGUGGGCUAUACUUCUGUUAAUGCCAAUUAUUUUUCACAUAAAGACAACAGCGUCUCACACCGAAGGGCUCUUUACCAUCGCAGAUCACGACUCCCCCACAGUUACGCCGAAAUUUCUAUCACGUGGACAUUUAUAUAAAGUGAUUGUUGGUGAAACUAUAGAACUACCAUGUAAAGUCCAAAACCUUGGAUCAUUUGUUUUAUUAUGGCGAAAAGGUUCUUCUGUUUUAACUGCAGGACAUUUGAAGAUUACAAGAGAUCAAAGAUUUAAAAUUGUUGGCGACUACGAUUUGCAAAUAGCAAAUGUUAAAACCCAGGAUGCUGGCGACUAUAUAUGUCAACUUGGUGAUCAAGAAAAUCGGGAUCAGGUUCAUACGGUCGAGAUUUUAGUUCCACCAACUCUUCGUGCUUUGCCUCAUAAUGGCCAAGUAACUGCACGAAAGGGCAGUACCGUCACUUUGGAAUGUAAAGCUUCGGGAAAUCCAGUUCCAACCAUUUAUUGGUUUAAGAAAGAUGUGUUUUCUGGUCCUACGCAUUUAUCUGACAGCUCAACUUUAAUAUUAGAGAAUGUGGAUAGACAUCAUGCUGGAAUUUAUCAAUGUUCUGCUGACAAUGGAGUUAAAGAACGAGUUUCAAUGGAUAUACAAUUAACUAUUUUAUCUAGUAUAUAA